AUGCGAUCGGCGCUCGCCGGGGAUUUUUCUCUCCACCGCCGCGCCCUCGGCCGCGGGCGUGGACGUCGUGACGACGCAUCGCGCGCGAUUCAUCGACGGCGCCGAGGCGUGGGUGGCAUAAAAAAUGAAAUUCGAACGCGCGACGCGGUCGAGCGCGCGGCGGCGCUGCUCGGCGUGAGCGAACGCGACGCGAAGGACGCGCGAACGCUGAAGCGGGCGUUUCGAGCGGCGGCGCUGAAGACGCACCCGGACAUCGCGGGAACGCGGAGCGCGGAGGCGUUCAAGGCGACGCAGGCGGCGUAUCGCACGCUGCGGGCGGCGGCGCUGGAGACGGAGGGAGAGAUCGGUGCGGCGAGCGCGUUGGAGGAAGAUGACGUCGCGUGGGUGGAACACGAUUGGAAGUGGCGGUCGAGGAUGCACGGGGGAGAUGCGGAGACGAGUCGAAAGAAGACGGAUGAGGAGAGACGAGCCGAGGCGUUCGCGCGGUUGGAAUUCGUAAAGGCGAGCGCCGAAGGUAGGGUGAGAGAGGGUGAGGGUGGGCCGAAGAAGCGAAAUAAGCGAGUGAUUAAACCAAUUUCUCAGCAACGCGUGCCCACGAAGGAGGAGAUCGCGGCGAUGGAAUCGGGGGCGACGGCGGUGCCGAUCGGGAAGGGUCAAGCGUCGAGGAGCAGCACGAGCGGCGCCCACGACGCGCUGAGCUCACAGUUGGAUGGGCUACAUCGCGUCAGUCGCAUGAGGAGACGAGAGUCGGUGGGGGUGACGGAUGAAGCGGAAAAGUACGCCACGCAUUACUCCACCAUCAAGGCUAUCGAGGACAGCGAAGAGGAGCGGUUCCUGCGCCUGGCCAAGCUCGCCCAGGAGUGGCGAUCCAAGCAAGCGAAGUGGAGGGAGACCGGGAGCACGCAGAAAAUGUCACCGCGAGAGCUUUUACAGGCUGCGGUGCACGGGGCGUCGCUCGGGGCGUGUGCUUAG